AUGGCUUCUGGGGAGCGCAAGGUGUUUGAGAGCAAGGCGGAGCUGGCAGAUGCGCUGGCGGUGUAUGUGGCUGCCAAGAGCGAGGCCAGCAUUGCGGACCACGGCUACUUCUCCGUGGCGUUCAGUGGUGGGAGCCUGCCAAAGCUGCUGGCCUCUGGCGUGGACAAGAUCAAGACGGACACCACAAAGUGGAAGGUGUUCUUCGCCGACGAGCGCUGUGUCGCACUGGACCACGACGACAGCAACUUCAAGGCCGUUCAAAACGACUGCCUCUCAAAGUUGAACGUGGGUGCGGAGAACGUGUUUGCGAUUGACCCAGCCUUGAUUGGUGACAGCGAUGCCGCUGCAGAGGCAUACCAGAAGGUGCUGACGGAGCAGCUCGGCGGCUCCGACGGCGAGACCCCGAGCAUCGACCUCGUGCUCCUGGGCAUGGGCCCCGACGGCCACACGUGCUCCCUCUUUCCGGGCCACACGCUGCUGGAUGAACGGGAGCGCCUCGUCGCCGGCAUCAAGGACAGCCCAAAGCCGCCGCCCUCGCGCAUCACGCUCACGUACAAGGCGCUCGAGGCGUCCAAGGACGUCGCCUUCGUCUGCGCUGGCGAGGGCAAAGCCGACACGCUCCGCGCCAUCUUCCACCCACAGGAAGGCGAGCCGCUGCUGCCCGCUGCUCGCGUCCAGGCCAAGAACUCCGUCACCUGGUUCAUGGACAAGCCUGCCGCUGCCAAGAUCUGA